UUAAUGCUGUGCUGCACUCUGAUUGGUCCGCUGCCUUUACGCUGUGUGGCGCCUGCUUUGUUGGAUUGAUCCAUGCUAACACAUUUUUCUUUGUUGUGAUAAAUCGCUCAGCGGUCGCGAUUCUUUUGGAAUAACCUUUAUAGAGAAAGCCACCUUUAGGAUAAUAUAGAGGAUGAGUGGCGGCGUGUAUGGAGGCGAUGAGGUGGGAGCUCUGGUGUUUGACAUCGGCUCGUACUCUGUUAGAGCUGGCUACGCAGGAGAAGACUGUCCCAAGGCUGACUUCCCCACGGUGAUAGGCGUGACCCUCGACCGAGAGGAUGGCAGCACACCCAUGGAGACGGAUGGUGAAAAGACCAAACAGAGCGGCACGACCUAUUACAUUGAUACCAACCAGCUCAGGGUACCCAGAGAGAGCAUGGAGGUCAUGUCUCCACUCAAGAACGGCAUGAUUGAGGACUGGGACAGUUUCCAGGCCAUUUUGGAUCACACCUACAAGAUGCACUUCAAGUCUGAACCCAGCCUGCAUCCAGUGCUCAUGUCAGAAGCAUCAUGGAACACUCGAGCAAAACGAGAGAAACUAACAGAGCUGAUGUUUGAACAUUACAACAUUCCUGCCUUCUUCCUCUGCAAAUCUGCUGUGCUAUCUGCUUUUGCCAAUGGGCGCUCUACAGGCUUGGUCCUGGACAGUGGAGCCACACACACCACAGCUAUUCCAGUGCAUGACGGCUACGUCCUGCAGCAAGGAAUUGUCAAAUCUCCUCUGGCUGGAGACUUCAUGAGUAUGCAGUGCAGAGAGCUCUUUCAAGAAUUGAGCGUUGAAAUUAUCCCCCCUUACAUGAUUGCCUCUAAGCGUCGCCAUGAUGUAUGUUUGUCAUCACAGGACGGAGUCCGGGAGGGAUCCCCGGCCAGCUGGAAGAAGAAGGAGAAACUACCUCAAGUCACCCGCUCAUGGCACAACUACAUGUGCAAUUGUGUGAUCCAGGACUUCCAGGCUUCAGUACUGCAGGUGUCAGACUCUCCAUAUGAUGAACAGGUUGCUGCGCAGAUGCCCACAGUCCACUAUGAGCUGCCCAACGGCUACAACUGUGACUUUGGAGCUGAGAGGCUGAAGAUCCCAGAAGGGCUGUUUGACCCCUCUAAUGCCAAGGGCUUGUCAGGAAAUACAAUGUUGGGAGUUGGCCAUGUGGUGACGACCAGCGUGGGAAUGUGUGACAUUGACAUCCGGCCGGGUCUGUAUGGUAGUGUUGUGGUGACUGGAGGUAACACACUCAUUCAGGGCUUCACAGACCGACUGAACAGAGAACUCUCUCAGAAGACCCCCCCUAGCAUGAGGCUGAAGUUGAUUGCCAACAACACGACGGUGGAGCGCCGGUUCAGUGCCUGGAUAGGAGGCUCAAUCCUGGCAUCACUCGGGACCUUCCAGCAGAUGUGGAUCUCCAAACAGGAGUACGAAGAGGGAGGAAAGCAGUGUGUCGACAGGAAGUGUCCUUGAUUUUACACCUAACCCUCUGCAUCAGUCUUUGCCAACAGCUCAACAUCAUGAGUCAUUCACCUCUGACCCUGGACUCAGGAACGCCUACUGAUGAUGAUUACUCUUGUUUUGUAUGAUUUGUUUUUUGUUUAUUUUUUAAUUGUUCAUACUCUGCCUGUCUGGGACGUCUUGUGAAAAUCAGACACGCACAUCAACGAAGUAAACACUGUCAUGAUGAUGAAAGGUGGUUUUAGUUCACUCAACAGUCUGUCUGUUGCCUUAUUUUUUUAGAUUGUUGGUGGUAUGUCGGGUCAUUGCAUCUUUAAAGAAGUCAGUUACUUUCAGGACUUGAGGUGUGAUCUUACAGCCUACCAUUCAUGUGUGUUUUUCCAAAUUAAGAUAUUCCCUUACAUUGUCUAAAGGCCGUGAAACAACUGCGUUUGGGUAAUCUGGUGUUUUUUAUCCCAUGGAAAACAAAAGAAACACAAAACUUACUUGAUGCAAGAUUCUGCAGAAAACUGUCAACAAAUUUGGACAAUCCAUAUUUGGUAAAAACAACCUUACAGCUUGAGGUGAAUGUCUUUUCUCCAUUAGCCUCUUUUUUGUGUAGUUAAGUCAUUGGCAAAGGCCUGUCAGUUCUGGCCUGUGCUCAUGGGUGUCAGCCCAUAUUAACCUGUAUUUAAUUUUCACUUUUGCUUGUUAUUGGCUACAUGUGGUAUUUUAAAAAUAAAAUCAUUUUUGGUAUAUGAUGA